GAUGCGUCUCCUGCAGUUCUUCAUCCUCUGGUUCAUCGUUUCCUUCACGACUGCCGCCCCGACUUCCCACCAACCCAAGCACUCUAAUUCAAGUGGACACACCGCCACCAAGCCCCACAAGCCCGCGCCGAACGGGCAGGCUGCUCACCCGUCUGGUCAUAGCCAUGCCGUCGCCAUCCACCCUGGUCACCCCAAAACCCACCACUCUUCCUCCCAUGUCAAGUCAAGCUCAUCCACCCCUGCCGGCCACGCUGAUCAGCAUGGCAUGCACUCCCCGGGACAUCCUGAAAGCUCGAGUUCAAGCACCACUCACGCAAGCAGCCAUGAAAAAGGCGCCUUAGGUUUUAGUGGCCCUAUUUACCGUCUUGGUCACAGCCUUAAAUCGGUCCAGGGCAAAAAUCUGAGGGCUGGAGAUUGGAAGACAUCCCCAACAAACGCAGACCAUAAGACGAAAGAUCUGAAGCACGGCCUAUCGUUGGAUGAAAGCCUUGAUAACCUGAAGGCGAAGAUGAACAAGGUCAAGAAAGAAGGCAAGCCUCGCAAUACCAGCAAGGAUCACUACUGGUACUUAGAUCCGAAAGAACUGGAGAACCACGAGCAUUUCAAGGAUUUCAAAUUGGUACCUGACGGACAGGAAAAGGGUACCACGCAUGUAACUCUCGCCUGGAACGGGCCUGACAUACACCAUGACGCCUUGGUCGACAAGAUAAAUAGACUUCCCUGGAAGCCAGUUCCGAAGGAGGCUCCCAAUACCAACAAGUCUUA